CAAUUUCUUCAACUACUCCUUUAGCACCCGACGACUUCAUGAAACCGCCAUCGUCUUCUUCCUGACUUCCUCUCUCUCUCUCUCCCUUUGAUUCCCAUUCGGAGAGAAAGAGCCCGAGGAAUACAGAGAAAAUGGCUUGUGGGAAUCUCUUCUAUCCACUCCUCAUAACCUUCUCAGUAGCUCUGAUCACCUAUAACAUCAUACUCGCCGCAAAUGCUCCGCUCAAACAAGAACUGCCCGGCCCAUCAAAAUCAUCUUCAAUCUACGUCGACCCGGUAAUCAAAAUGCCAAUGGACAGAUCGAAAUUGUACGGUUCUGGUUCCAGGAAGAGGCUGUUCCACACAGCAGUGACGGCCUCAAACUCCGUGUACAAUACAUGGCAGUGUCGGAUCAUGUACUACUGGUUUAAGAAGUUCAAAAAUGGACCUAACUCGGAAAUGGGCGCGUUUACCAGGAUAUUGCACUCGGGAAAACCCGAUAAUUUUAUGGAUGAGAUCCCCACAUUCGUUGCGCAGCCUUUACCAGCUGGAACGGAUCAGGGUUAUAUAGUCCUAAACAGGCCUUGGGCAUUUGUACAGUGGCUUCAACAAGCCGACAUAAAAGAAGAUUAUAUUCUGAUGGCAGAGCCAGAUCACAUCAUUGUCAAGCCUAUACCAAAUCUAUCUAAAGAUGGGCUUGGAGCUGCAUUUCCCUUCUUUUAUAUUGAACCAAAAAAGUAUGAAUCAGUAUUGAGAAAGUUCUUCCCAGAGGAUAGAGGACCAAUAACCAACAUUGACCCCAUCGGAAAUUCUCCUGUCAUUAUUGGGAAGGAUUCUCUUAAGAAGAUUGCUCCCACCUGGAUGAAUGUUUCGUUGGCUAUGAAGAAAGAUUCAGAAGCAGAUAAAGCUUUUGGCUGGGUGCUUGAGAUGUAUGCAUAUGCUGUCUCCUCUGCCCUGCAUGGAGUCGGAAACAUCUUGUACAAGGAUUUUAUGAUUCAGCCUCCUUGGGAUACAGAAGUUGGCAAGAAGUUCAUCAUUCAUUACACUUAUGGAUGUGACUAUGAUAUGAAGGGUCGGCUUACCUAUGGAAAGAUUGGAGAAUGGAGGUUUGACAAAAGAUCAUAUGAUAAUACCGUACCCCCAAGAAACCUUCCCCUGCCUCCUCCUGGAGUUCCUGAAAGUGUGGUGACGCUGGUAAAAAUGGUAAAUGAAGCCACAGCCAACAUUCCAAAUUGGGGAUAGUACAAAAAUGCUGUCAAACUGAGAGCCACACUGCAAAAAUUAAGAUGACUUGUUGAUUUCCAUGUAUUUAGUCUUAGUUACAUAUAUAUAUUCCAGUUGACAUGCGGCAACUGACAAUGUACUAUAGAUGAUUAUGUAUCCUAAAGCUUGUCGAAUAACCAUAUAUGCCACGCUGCAUUGGUUCAAAUUUAUUGUAUUUUUAUUUUUUUUCA